CCAAUUUUAAAGAGCAAUCUCAUCUACCAGGUCCCCUUCCUCCCCCUUUCUCCUUAUUUCAUCCUUUUAACUUCAAUCUUAUCUCAUUUCUGCUUUUAUGAUGAGCAUUCCGGCUUCAUCCCGCAGAUACUUCGGCUUCUCAGAGAGCAAUUCUAAGGCUUCGUUUGAGAGGACGCUGAAUCUCCGUUAUAUUGCAGUGAAUGCCGACACUUGUGAAAGUUUUUCUUUGAUGAAACAGCACUGCCUCCUGAACGUGUUUUUCACAAGAAUGCUGAACGACCAACUUGCUUCAAAUGAAGCCUAAAUAUUACCAUUUUAAGCAGCUUUUCUUUGCAGAACAGAUACAAUGCACUAAUAUCGCUUCUAUCACUCCAGGAAGACACAAACCGCUCCAUUCGCUACUAAAAGCCCACCUUUAUGCCCCGUCGCUGGACUUGGUGGCUCGUGUUGGCCAUCUACAUCAUCCUCCUCCUGGCCGGCCAGACGGCCGCUACUCUGCUACAAAGAUUCUACUACAUCCAACGAGGCAACAGCAAGUGGAUGCAGACUCUUACCUUCUCCGCAGGCUUCCCAAUUCUCUUCAUCCUUCUUCUUCUUUCCCCCUCCAUCUCCUCUUCCCCAGAUGCUAAACAUUCCCUCAUCAAGAUCUCCCUUGCAUACAUUGCCAUAGGCCUCAUUACAACCGCAGACAGCCUAAUGUACUCAUACGGUCUUCUCUACCUCAAUGUUUCAACCUACGCCCUCGUAAGCACAACUCAACUCGCCUUCAAUGCCGUCUUCUCCUACUUCAUCAACUCAGAAAGAUUCACACACCUUACCCUAAAUUCAAUCAUCCUCCUCACAUUCUCCGCCGCCAUACUUGGUGUCCACGACGAUCAAGACCCUUCAUCAUCUUCCAACAUAUCUGGUGGGAAAUAUGUGCUUGGCUUUAUGCUAACCUUGACCGCCUCCGCUACUUACUCCUUCAUCCUCUCGUUAAUGGAGCUGACGUUCCAGAAAGUGAUUAAGAGGCAAACAGUUAAGGCUGUUUUAGAGAUGCAGAUAUACACUGCACUUGUAUCCACUGUGGGAGCAAUGGUGGGGCUUUUUGCGAGCAGGGAAUGGAGAGGAUUGAGGGGAGAAAUGGAGGGGUUUGGAAAGGGAAGGGUGGCGUACGUGAUGACAUUGGUUGGGGCUUCGGUUGCUUGGCAGGUUACUAAUUUGGGAUUGAUUGGGUUGAUUUUUCAGGUUUCUUCGCUUUUCUCCAAUGUGAUCAGCACUUUGGGGACGCCCAUAGUGCCAGUUUUUGCAGUUUUUCUGUUUCAGGAUAAGAUGGAUGGGCUGAAGAUUAUUUCAUUGCUGUUGGGUUUGUGGGGAUUUACUUCGUAUUUCUACCAACAGUACAUUGAUUAUGUUGCGGAGAAGAAGAAGAAAGAGUUGCAGGAAAGUGGAAUGGCCAUGGAGAAUGAGAUGUCUGCAGCUUGAUGAGAUAGAACUAGGGGUAAGGUAUGGAUUUUUUUUUUUUUUUUGUACGAAAUUAACCUGAAUUUAUGUCAUGUAUACAUGACAUUAACAAAGAUUAGUGUAUGAAUGACUGUUGCCUUCCGAAAUUCACAGAAUCCCACCAGAAAAAUGGGAAGAAAUGUCAUGAAUAUAUUGAAAAGA